AUGUCUUUCUCUAAAUACUUGUUUUUAUUAAUAAUUUGUUCUGUGUUUUUCUUUGUGUAUGGUUUUAAUAAUAAAUUUGUUUACUCAUCCUAUUUGAAGGAUGAUAAAAAAAAAUCAGUUUCUUUUGAGAAUAUACCAAAUGAACAGGAAGAAAAAAUUUAUGGACAUUCUUCUUUUGGUCAGGAAUUAAUAAAGUCCUUAUCCUUGACCUUAAAGAAUGUACCCUUAGUAGUUAUCUCAGAAAAAAUCAAGAGACAACUAGAAAAGGCUUCCGAAAGUUUAGGACUAGGGAAUCCAAACGAUGAAAUGUGUGAAAUAAACUAUUCAAAAUUAUGCCCCGAAGAUUGGAUUGAUAUGGGAGAUGGUAUAAGUUGUCUAAGUCCUUUAAACUAUAAGGGUCCAUGUGAAAAAAAAGUAAUAUUUAAAAAUGCAACUGCUAAAAGUAAAUAUAAUUUUUCUAUUAAUUGUAAUGUAUCUUGGCCUUGUACUAAAGUUUGUAUUGAAGAUUUUUCAAAAAAAUGUCCAGAAAAUUGGAUACAUAAUAUUGAAAAUAAUACAUGUGAAGCUCCAAAAAAUUAUGCAGGUAAAUGUAUUAGAGAAAAAAACUUUGAUCAUUAUUCUCAAUCUGAAAAAAAGGUAUGGACACAAAUAUGUGAUAUAAAUUGGAGUUGUUAUGAUAAAAAUUAUAAUUUUAAUAUAUUAUGUCCAUUAAAUUGGAAAAAUAAUCCAGAUAACAAAACAUGUUCUGCACCUAUUUCUUAUAUGGGACCUUGUAAUAAUAUUCUUUAUUUAUAUAAUUUCAGUGAUAAAGAAAAAAUUACCAUCUCUCAUAUAUGUAAUGUUGAAUGGCCAGUACAUGAAAAAAAAGAGAUUAAUUUUAAUGCGUUAUGUCCCAUUGGUUGGAAUAUAGUAGAUAUAAAAAAUCAUAUUUGUCAAAUACCUUUGUCAUAUAAUGGUCCAUGCAAGCAUGAUAUACAAAAUAAAGGAAACAUGAAUAGUAUGAAAAAUAUGAAAAAUAUAAAUUAUUUGAAUAAUAUAAAUAAUGUUGUAUCUUUUAAAAAUUUUAGUAAGAAACAAAAAUAUGAUUAUUCUCAAAUAUGUAAUGUUCAAUGGCCAUUAGAAAAUGGAAAUAUAAUUCAAAAUGAUCAUUCGCUUUGUCCUUAUAAUUGGAUUCUUAUAAAUGAAGAAGAACAUAUUUGUGUAGCUCCUAUAGAAUAUGAAGGUCCAUGUGAAAAUAUUUUCUCCUUCAAAAAUUAUACUGCACAUAUGAAAUUUGCAUGGGCAACUUCUUGUAAUGUUAUUUUUACGGACAGAAUUAAUGCCUAUGAACAACUAGGAAGAAUAAAUGAUCAAAGGAGAAAUACAAAAAUAUUCGGUGCUACAUCAAAAGACAAAAAUAUUUCUAAUAUAAUACAAAUUGGUCUUAAAAAUGGGCCCAUGAAUAAUAUUGGACAAGUGUUCAAUUCUGAUGAUGAAAAGGUUAAUAUGGAAGAAAAAAAAACAAAAAUAAUAAAAAACAACAACAAUAAAAAAAACAACAACAAUAAAAAAAACAAUAAAAUCAAUAAAAUACAUAACAAUAUCAUUAUUAAUAAUAAUCAUAUUGAUGAUGAAAUAAAUUUAAACAACCUUAUUGUAACCAAUAGCACAAUUACAGAUUUAAUUAUGUUAAAAGAAACAUCUGAUGAUCAACAAUUAAAAGAAGAAAUAGGUGAAAUAAUAAAACAAUUCAAACAAGGAGAAAGUCCUACUUAUACAAAAAAAAAAAAUUAUUUAGAAAAUAAAACAAAUCCAUUCAUAACCACAGAAAAAAAUCAUCAUAUAGAAAAUAUGAAGUCAAAGAACAAAGUUAAUAGGAACAAUUUUGCAUUUAUUCAAAUUGGGGAACCAAACAAAAAUAAUACCUAUCAUGAUAAAUUAAAAAGAAAAGAAAAGAAAAAAUAUAUACACAUGAAUAAUAAUAAACCUAUAAAAAAAAAACAAAAUAUAUAUAAAAAUAAACAUAUCAAUAAUAUUACAAAACUUUAUGAUAAUAUAAGAAAAGAGCAUAAAAACAAAGUCCCUAUUGUAUAUAAUAAUACAGAUAACAUAAAUGAAAUAAAAAAUUUAUAUGAGAAUUAUAAAAUAGAAAAAGAAAACAAUCCUUACCAUAUUUAUGAUAACUUUAAUCUUAUAUGUGAAAAUAAAAAUUAUAACGUAUGUCCCAUUGGAUGGACUUAUAUAAAUAAUAAAAAAUGUUUAGCUCCAAAAUCAUAUAUAUCGAAAUAUUUAAGAACAUGUAAUUCUAUCCUAAAUUUAAAUGACAUAGUAAAAACUGUUUAUGAUGUAACACACGAUUUCUCAUUUGUUACUAUUGAUAAAAAAAAAGGAGAAAAAUUAGAAAAAAAUUGUAAUUUAAAAUUUCCAUGUUUAGAAUGUGAACGAGAUUAUGUAAGAGUAAAUUGUCCUUUGGGUUGGACAAACAUAGGAGAUGGUAAAUGUAAAUGUCCAUCAGAUUAUCCUUUGUACCUUAAAAAUUUAUGUGGUAUUAUUGUAAAUUUUAAAUAUUCAAGUCCAUUAUUUAAAAAAAACUGGAGUUAUCUAUGUAAAUCUGAUUGGCCUUGUUUUUCUACUUGUGAAAAAGAUUAUGGAAAAGUUUGUCCUAUAGGAUAUAAAAUAAUAAAUGAACGAACCGAAAAAAAUAAUGAACAUAUAUUUAUUUGUACAAAUGAAAAUUGGACAGAUUAUAAAAAUAGUAAUAAUUAUUUAGUGAAUACAAAUAAUUACGAACAGAAUAGAAAUUUAUGUCAUGUUAUAGAAAUAUAUAAUAGUAUACUUUUAAAAAAAGAAAUCGAAAAAAAAUGUAAUGUUACAUGGCCUUGUAUUGAUAAAUGUGAAGAAAAUUUUUAUCAAACAUGUCCAUAUAAUUGGAUUUUCAAAGAUAAUAAAUGUAUUGCUCCAUAUUAUUAUGUACCUCCAAAAGGAUGUUCCCAUUCUUUUGAUUUUUUAAGUUUCAGCAAUUUUGAUAAAUUCCUUUACUCCAAUAAGUGUUUUGCUCCUUGGCCAUGUAAGGACAACUGCCAACCUGACUGGACUAAGCCUUGUCCUCAAAACUGGAUUCUCAAAAAGGGAAACCAUAAACUCUCAAGUCUCACAAAUGAUAGGAGGAGUUACAAUAAACAUAGCCUUGAAAUAGAUAAUUUUGAUGAAGAUGAACAUAACAUUGAUGGGGAUAAUAGUAAUGAUAUAGAUAAUAAUGAUGACGCUGAACAUAACAUUGAUACAAAUAAUAAUAAUAAUAAUAAUAAUAAUAAUAGGGGAAAUCAUGUUAAUAACGAUAAUGAUGAUGAUAAUGAAAAUAGUAUUAAUAGAAAUAAUAAUGGUGUUCAUUUAAAUAGUAUUCAUAGGGACUUUAAAGUUGGCAAUCAAGAGAAUGUUGAUCGUAAUAAUAGUUAUUAUAAUCAUAAUAAUAAUAAUAAUAAUAAUAUAGAUGUAUUGAAGGGUAAAACACAUUCCACAUUUAUCUGUUCUCCACCUGUGUCAUAUAAAGGACCUUGCAAUCAACCAUAUGACUUAACAAAUUUCACAUUUUUACAAAAACAAGAUUUUUCCUUCAGAUGUAAUGUUCAAUGGUCAUGUGGAAGUUCUUCACAUUUUUCACGCCAUUGGCAAACUGAACAAAUAUAUGAUGAUGUUAAUUUUAAAAAAAGGAAUACUCUUAAAUUUUAUAAUUCCUUUCAUUCAUCUUCUUAUAUAAAAUAUAAGGAUGCCUUCUUUUAA